AUGUCUAAGAUCACCUAUCUGAUUACCGGCGCUAACAGAGGCAUUGGAUUAGCUCUUGUAGAGACGUUUCUUGCGAGGGACAAUGUCGUGGUUAUUGCGGCUGUGCGAGACCCUCUUGACAAAAAGUCUACGGCCGCUCUAUCCAACGCUAUCUGCGGAAGUAAAAGCGAGCUUAUUGUCAUCAGGAUUGACAGCCUUGAUAGCAAUAGUUCAUCUUCUGGUGUUGCAAGCAUACCAGAAAGAAUUAAUCACCUAGACGUCGUUAUUGCCAAUGCUGGGGUGCUGCAGCACUAUGGCCUCGUAACAGCCCUGCCUAUAUAUAUGCUGUCAUAUCACUUCGCCAUCAACACGGCAGCGCCCAUCUCGUUAUUACAAAAUUGUCUGCCGCUAUUGAAGAAAUCAAAGAAGAACAACUGUCCUAAAUUCGUCGUCAUAAGCAGUUCUCUUGGUAGCAUCACUCAAGUUGACCAACUCUCACCAUUUACUGGAGCGUAUGGGGCUAGUAAAGCUGCAAUUAACCACCUCAUGCGCAAAGUCCAUUUUGAAGAACCCUGGCUAUCAUCACUAGUGAUCUGCCCGGGGUGGACACGGACUGAUAUGGGCAACACCGCUGCACAACUGGCCAAAGUCGAUACACAGGCACCUGUGCCACUUGAUGUCUCAGUCAGAGGCGUUGUUGAAGAAAUCGACAUUUUGGUCAGAACAGAAAAGGUUCGAUUUGCCUCAUUCGAUCACAAAGAUUGUCAAUGGUAA